CAAUCUUGCAACAUAUUGCCCUGCAAAGCAACUGCUCUCGCUCGAAUUGAAGCAACAAGAUGCCUGACAAGAAGAAGAAUCUCCUAGUAGCACCAUGCCUGCUGCUGCUGCCUGCCAUUGUGCUCCUCCAUCCACCGGCGGCGCAGGCGCAGCCAUCCCCCGGCUACUACCCGAGCUCCAUGGUGAGGUCCAUGGCCUUCUCGGAGGGCUACGUCAACCUGUGGGGCCCGCAGCACCAGACACUGUCCCAGGACCAGAAGGCGCUCACGCUGCUGAUGGACCGCAGCUCAGGCAGCGGGUUCAAGUCGAAGCGGUCGUACCGGAACGGCUACUUCGGCGCGUCCAUCAAGGUGCAGCCGGGCUACACCGCCGGCGUCAACACCGCCUUCUACCUGUCCAACAACGAGCUUUACCCGGGGAAGCACGACGAGAUCGACAUGGAGCUGCUGGGCACGGUCCCCGGCGAGCCCUACACGCUGCAGACCAACGUGUACGUGCGCGGCACCGGCGACGGCGCCCGCCUCGUCGGCCGGGAGAUGCGCUUCCACCUCUGGUUCGACCCCGCCGCCGACUUCCACCACUACGCCAUCCUCUGGAACCCCGACGAGAUCGUCUUCCUCGUCGACGACGUGCCCGUGCGCCGCUACGCCGGGGACGCGUUCCCGGACCGGGAGAUGUGGGCGUACGGCUCCAUCUGGGACGCCUCCGACUGGGCAACCGAUGGCGGCCGCUACAGGGCGGACUACGCGUACCAGCCCUUCGUGGCCCGCUUCCAGGGGUUCAAGACCGCCGGCUGCGAGGUUGCCGCGCCGUCGACCUGCCGCCCCAUGCCGGCGUCGCCAGCGGGCACCGGCCUCAGCUCGCAGCAACAGGACGCCAUGCGCUGGGCGCAGCACAGGUCCAUGGUCUACUACUACUGCCAGGAUCACACCAAGGACCGCGCGCUAUACCCCGAGUGCUAGCGACUGCCGUCAUCAUGAUUACCACACGUACUACAGCAAGUCAGCAGGAGAGCCUAGGCCUGUUGCCGCUGGAUAUCCAUAAUGCAUACCCAAAUCCGCGUCCAAACAGGGAGGGGAGGGUAUAGGGAAGAUACAAUUUAUCUAUUGGAUAUACAUAGUACCUAGUACAAAAUUAAUUAUUCAUUGAAUAUGGGUGAGAAUGGAGAGGGUGAGGAUUGGAUAAUUUAUAUUUAGAUUUGGGUACGAACAAGAAUGGGUUUGUCCAUACCCUUCGUCUAAGGAGAGCUGAGCGGCAAAAGGAGGUGUGCGAGUGAAGCGCCGCCCUGCCAUUCUGAAAUUUGUUCACCAGUGCUUGAGGCGUGCAAUUACUAGUAAUUAUGUUAAGUGACUAGACUGUUUGUAUCUUCAGAUGCAGAUCUAUACUCCAUUAUCUAAAGAGGAGCAUGCUUGUGAAA